GGAGAGAUAGGGAAGAGCUACAAGGAAGGGUAUCUCAUAACUCAAAACUUAAGAGAGCAAAUAUGGUGAGAGCUCCAUGUUGUGAGAAGAUGGGAUUAAAGAAGGGGCCAUGGACUCCAGAAGAAGACCAGAUUUUGAUCUCUUACAUUCAGAAAUAUGGUCAUGGCAACUGGAGAGCACUUCCCAAACAAGCUGGGCUUUUAAGAUGUGGGAAGAGUUGCAGACUCCGGUGGACGAAUUACUUGCGACCGGACAUUAAACGAGGGAACUUCACAAAAGAAGAAGAGGACACCAUCAUUAACUUACAUGAAAUGCUGGGCAAUAGAUGGUCCAUGAUAGCAGCAAGAUUACCUGGACGAACAGAUAAUGAAAUAAAGAAUGUUUGGCACACUUAUCUCAAGAAGAAGCUCAAACAAAACCAGCUCAACCCAGAUACUAAAACCCAAAUUUCUUCUGAAAAAUCCAAAUGUGAUGCCAAUACAAUGAGACAAUCAUCAGAACCUGUGAUGAGAAUUGAGAAUCAAGGCCAUACCCCUGUGUCCCCACAACAAUCUUCCAGUGACUUCUCCUCUGGAGGAGCAGAUUCCCUUAACUUGGAUUCCUCUGCAACUUUCCCUGCAAUUGAUGAUAGCUUUUGGUCUGAUAUAUUAUCAUCCGCUGAAACUUCCGAUGUGCUGGAGGAUUUUCCGGCAAUGGAGUUGAACCCAGAACUUCAAUUUCUGUUCUCUCCGGUCUCGGCUACAUCAGAUUCUGUUUGUGCUUUUGGAUUGAAUACAAAUGAAGACAAAGACAUGGAUUUUUGGUAUAAUCUCUUCAUAAAGGCAGGGGAAUCUCUAGCAUUGCCAGAUCUCUGA